UUUGACCAACAUAAGCCGAAUGUAAUACGGAUUUACCUCAAUCAAGAUCCGACCCAAGUCAAAACUCCCUCUGCUUCCCUUCACUGAACCCAGCUUUUCUAAAACCCUAAUCAUCGGUAUUCAGAGGGAAACCUCUUUCCCCCCCCCCUCUCUCUCUCUCUCUCAAAAGUCAAAAAUCAUGUACGGAGGUGAUGAAGUAUCGGCUAUAGUGAUUGACUUGGGCUCCCACACUUGCAAAGCUGGUUACGCUGGGGAGGAUGCACCCAAGGCCGUCUUUCCUUCUGUUGUUGGAUCAAUUGAUCAAAUGGAAGUUGAUGACACUGCUAAUAAUGACAAGACCUCUUCCAUAGAUUCUAAGAACAAUAUCAAAGAUUCUGAAAAAGGCAAGGCCAAGCGCAAAUUAUAUGUAGGAUCUCAAGCUGUAGGAUUUCGUCGGGACCAUAUGGAGGUAUUAUCGCCCAUAAAGGAUGGGAUUGUUGUUGACUGGGAUAUAGUGGAUAGCAUAUGGGACCAUGCUUUUAGGGAAUGUCUGUUGGUUGAUCCUAAGGAGCAUCCAAUGCUGCUUGCAGAACCUUCAUCUAACCCUCAACACCAGAGAGAAAGGACUGCAGAGCUUAUGUUUGAAAAAUACAGUGUUCCAGCAUUAUUUUUGGCUAAGAACGCUGUUCUCACAUCCUUUGCAUCAGGACGUCCUACCUCACUAGUUGUUGAUAGGUAACAUUUUUAUUGUAGUUUUUUUACUCUUGCUUAGUUUGUCACCAUGUUAUUGGUUUAAGUUCUAUUU